UCACGUCCGUCACCACCCCUCCGACGGUGGCCGAAGGGCUGCGGCGGCCGUAGUGAUGUUGCUUCCCCCUGCACUAUAUUCCCGCCUGGCCGGGGAGCCAGGGGCAGCCGAACCGCUGCCCGUGGAGCGGAACCCUGCGGCUGGGGAGGCACCCUUCCGAUUCGCGCCGCGGGCCGUGCGCUUCCCGCGGGAUCACGAAUUCUUCGAGGAUGGGGAUGUGCAGCGGCACCUGUACUUGCAGGACAUGCUCACGCAAGUGUCCGAGACGCCGGAAAAAUCCAUGGUGCCUGAGUUCACCUGUCAGGUGGCUGGCUGUUGCCAAGUGUUUGCCGCCAUAGAAGACUACCAGCACCACUACCACAUGAUGCAUGGAAACACCUGCUCCUUCUGCAACCGUGCCUUCCCCUCUGGGCAUUUGCUGGAUGUCCACAUCCUGGAAUGGCACGACUCUCUGUUUCAGAUCCUGGCCCAGAGGCAAGACAUGUACCAGUGCUUGGUUGAAAGCUGCCCAGAGAAGUUCAAGACCAGCCAAGAUCGGAAGGAUCACAUGGUGAGGCUACACCUGUACCCUGCGGAUUUCCGAUUUGAUAAGCCCAAGACAAACAGAGGCCCAGCCAUGCCAGCUGCAGCAGCCACAGCAACCAGAGCCCCGAGAGAUGACAGUGAAGCCAUGGAGAUCUGUUCUGAGCCUGCUGCCCCACCUCCCUGCAGGCGGACCUACAGUCACAGAAUACCUUCUACUGUCUGUUUUGGCCAGGGUGCAGCCAGAGGGUUUAAAAGCACCAAGAAAAAAAAUAAACACCACUGAUGGAUCCUGGCGAGGGAAGCCAGACAGACUUUCAGGGAGUGGUGUGCCAGGGCCUUUCUCUUGCUUCUGGAUCAAUGCCCUGAACUGGAUCCUUGCCACCUCCUUAUUUCCGUCUCUGGUCACUUGAAGCAACCAGUGUGUAUAAACUCAGAAUCUGCAGAUUCCAGAAAUGACCAGGACACACUGAAGGAGAGAGAUAGAGAGGCCACCUACCUGCUCUCCAGUGGUUACUCUAAGAAUGUCGCUAAGUAUAUGUAAUAAAUUCUUUUUCACUGAU